GGCAGGGCUCUUCUUCAUUCCCUCCUAUCCAGUUAUCCUCUCCUUAAUGGCGCUUCCUUUGCGCCCCGCCGCUCCGGCGCCGCCGCCUUGGCGAUGCUCCGGCGUGAGAUCCUCGCCGUGCUCAUCCCUCCUGCCAACGGCCUCCAAGCAAAUGUUUCCUGUGCCAUUACCAGUUGACCGGGUUGCAAGAUUUUCCUUAUCUGCGAAGCGUUCUGCAUCUCGGCUUGUCCAGUCACUGACUGAUAGCACCGAUUCUAGGAGUGAUGGCAUCCAUGCAGCUAAUGAACAUGGGCAUGAUCUCAAGAGGUCCAUAUCUGAUCUUCAGGAAGUUGUAUGUUCCUAUUUUGGGAAAGCAUGUCUUGUCAGUAGUUGUAUCAUAUAUAUUCUGCCACCUGCUUGUUUAGCAGAACCAUGUGAGCAAGAGUACUCCCUCCCUAACAUGCCUUUGCUAUUUGCAAUAGCCAUGGUCGGUGCUACUGUUGGAGGGCUCCUUGCAAGACAGAGGAGAGGGGAGCUUGCACGGCUGAAUGAUCAGUUACGACAGAUAAAUGCUGCACUGAGAAGACAAGCCAAGAUUGAAUCUUACGCUCCUGCUUUGAGCUAUGCCCCAGUUGGUAGCAAGAUACCAGAAUCGGAAGUUAUUGUUGAUCCUCAGAAAGAGCGUCUGAUUGCAUAUCUGAGGACUGGGAAGAACUACCUGAGAAACCAAGCUCCUGACAAGGCGUUUCCUGAGUUCAAGGCAGCUCUUGAUCUUGCACAAUCUUUAGGUGACCAUGUUGAAGAGAAGAAGGCAGCACGAGGAUUAGGAGCAUCGUUGCAGAGACAAGGCAAGUACAAGGAAGCCAUAAAGUAUCACUCCAUGGUGCUAAACAUCUCUAAGAUGACCGGAGAGGAUGCAGGUGUCACUGAAGCAUAUGGAGCAAUAGCAGACUGCUACACCGAGCUUGGUGAGCUCGAGAAGGCUGGCAAGUUCUACGACAAGUACAUCUCAAGAUUGGAGAAUGACUGAAAACAACAGCAUUGAUCGGAAAAUCUGUGAGAGCACAGACAAAGCUGAUUCAGUUUCUACCUUUUUUGCUUGUCAUGUAAUGUACUGUAGAUUAUUUUUUUCGAGAAUACGCACGAGAGCUGCGUAUCUUUGUAUUAAGAAGAGAGAAAUGUUUAGCAUUACAUCGCGGGCCAUCUGGGCACACCCACACGGUUUGACA